AUGCAGCUCCUCAGCACUAUCGGCUUGGCCGCCCUCGCUGGCGUUGCCUCCUCCAAGGAACUGCCCCAGGAUACCGCAAGGGCCGCAGAGCUGUAUGACUCGGGCAUUAUUCACCAGCGCAUCAUGAACAACAAGCACUCUUGGUGGGACAAGCAGAGGGCCGCCGGUGCGUUCGAGUCUUCGCAGUACCCGGAGCUCUCGAACGUUCCCUGCGUGGAUGGUGUCGCUGUUGGCAUUCAGGGCGAUGCCAACAACACCUUCCGCUGCAACAACCUGGACCUGGUCCACUUCCUGAGCCACGCCGACCUUGGUAGCGAGCUCGGUGAGGGCUCCUCCUCGUGGGGCUGGACUUCGGACGAUGGCCGUGAGUUCAUCGCCAUUGGCCAGAGUGAUGGUGCUGCUUUCGCCGAGAUCUCGCCCGAGGGCAAGCUCAUCUACCUUGGCCGUCUGCCUCAGUACUCGGUCCCCGCCAUCUGGCGUGAGAUCCGUGCCUACAAGAACUACAUGGUUAUUGGAUCUGAGGCUGUGGGCCACAACAUCCAGAUCUUCGACAUGACCAAGCUCCUGGAUGUUGAUCCCGCCAACCCGGUUACCUUCAACAACGAGGACGAUCUUACCGGCCUCUACACCGGCCUUCCCGUUGGCCGCACCCACAACGUCGUCAUCAAUGAGGAGACCAACUGGGCCUAUGCCGUUGGUGCUGCUCCGAGAACCAACACGACCUGUGCUGCUGGUCUCAUCUUCAUCGAUCUGACUGACCCCUCCAACCCCGUCAGCCCUGGUUGCGACCCCCAGGAUGGCUACGUCCACGAUGCUCAGUGCGUCAUCUACCACGGUCCCGACACCAAGUACGAGGGCCGUGAGAUCUGCUACGGCUACAACGAGGACACGCUCACCAUCUACGACGUGACCGAGAAGCCCAACUCCAAGGUCAUCUCGCGCACCUCGUACCAGGGCGCGUCGUACACGCACCAGGGCUGGCUGCUGGACAAGGAGUGGCAGGAGUUCCUGAUCCUCGACGACGAGUACGACGAGUACGACCAGGUCGAGCCCGCUGCUGACGGCUACUUCGUCACGUACAUCUGGAACAUCUCGUCGCUCGAGGCGCCCAAGCAGACGGGCAUCUACAAGAGCGAGCACUACGGCAUCGACCACAACCAGUACAUCAUCAACGGCAAGGCCUACCAGUCCAACUACGGCGCCGGCUUCCACAUCAUCGACGUCUCCUCCAUCCCCACGGACCCCACCGGUGCCGGCGUCAAGGAGGUCGCCUUCUUCGACAUCUACCCCGAGGACGACGCCCUGCCCAACGGCGGCAUCAUCGAGUUCGUCGGCAGCUGGAGCAGCUACGCUUACUUCAAGAGCGGCUACUACUUCGUCAACACCAUCGAGCGCGGCGCCUUCGUGCUGAAGGACUCGUCCAAGUAG